AUGGCUCAGAGCCAGGAGGUUUCACCGCCGGGAAUGGCAAAACUCAAGCGGCUCCGCCAACUAGGCAACAUUGAUAUGUACCAACUAGCCAUGUAUAUGCUGGACCAAUAUCGUGGAACCUCUGUCUCCGGCCGCUAUGUAAUCCCCGCCUACCUCGCCGGCUCGGACGCCCGCCCUCGGCUCGUCAGCACCGUCGAGGCCGCGAUCUGCGACGCGGUCCUGCAGCAUCCCACGUUGCAAGUAGGGAUCGCCGAUGCCGAUUCGAGAAAGCCUACCUGGGUCCAGCUGGAAAGCCUCGAUCUGGACGAGCACCUCACCUGGCGCUUCCUCGACCGGUCGUCAGAAUUCGAAGACGUGUUACGAGAAACCACCAUGUCCCAGCUCGACGCUAGAUUCCCAGACCUCGAGAAGCGGCCAGGCUGGAAGAUCACCCUGCUGCACCAGGAGCAGACGGACUUCGUGGAGAUCCUGUUUACCUGGAACCACCCGCACGCGGACGGCAUGAGCGGCAAGAUCUUCCACGAAACCCUGCUGCGGAGCUUCGACGCGGCGAGGACAAGCACGGCAGGGCGCGACGCAGCGAGCCGCGCCCUCGCGCUGCCCGCGUCGCCGCCGGACCUGCCGCCGCCGAUCGAGCGGGCCGUGAAGCUCCCGCGAGACGCUGGCGAGCUGGGCGCCGGUGCGCACGGCGUCGGCGGCGCGGCGCUAGCCCGCGUGCUCGCGGCGUGCCGCCGCCGCCGCACCACGCUGACGGGGCUGCUGCACGUGCUGGCCCUCGCGUCGCUCGCGUCGCGCGUCGCGCGCGCCCGCGCCCCGGGCUUCCAGAGCCUCACCGCCGUCAACUUGCGGCGCUUCAUCCCGGCGCCAGCGCCCCACCGCGCUAUGAGCAACUGCGUGACGCUGCGGACGCACGAGUUUGGCGCGGCGGCGGUCGCGGCGGCGGUCCGCGCCAACAUCGCGCGCAGGCUCGAGGCCGGCGUCCGGAAUGACCAGGUCGGGAUCACGAAGUUCGUGGGCGACUGGCAGGCGCAGAUGCGCGACACGGCGCGGCGGCCGCGGCAGUGCUCCUGGUUCGUGACGAACCUAGGGGCGAUCGGGGCGCGGCCGCAACGGGAGGAGGCGGAGGAGGAGGACGGGGGCGAGGCCGAGGGCGACGCGAGGGCGUGGGCGCUGCGCCGCGCGCAGUUCGCGGUCAGCGCCGAGACGACGCAGGCGGCGCCCAUGAUCGCGACGAUGACGGUCGCCGGCGAGGGCCUGCGCGUCGCCUGCAGCUGGCAGGAGUGCAUCUUCGACGUCGCCCUCGGCGACCGCGUCGUCGCCGACUUGGAGCGCUGGCUGCAGCAGGUCGCGGCGCUGCCCGAGUAG